AUGGUGGUUUACGUCGACGACACGUUGAUGGUGGCUGCGAAGCUGCCCAUGAAGUUGUGGGCGGAGUUGGACAAGAAUGCCACCGUCAAGAAGGCCGCUAUGCCUAUCUGCCGCUACCUUGGCGCGCACCACCGCCUCGAAGGCCUCGACAGUCCCUCAGGCCGCCCGCGCCGCCUGAGCAUCAGCAUGCGGGACUACACGACCAAGGCCAUCGAGAAGUUGAUUUCCGAGCACGGGCGGAAACUACGGGAUGUGCAAACACAGUACAUCCAAGACGUUGAGUGGAGUGUGCCAGACGACGCACAGGGAGUGUUCAGUAUUACGUGUUCCUCCCACGUCGCCGCUUUGCUCUUCCUCACCUGGGUGUGCCAGCCAGACGUGUCGGUUGCUGUUCAACGUCUUUGUUCAGCAGUUGCCGCUUGGAGCACGGUGCAUGACCAAGCGCUGAUUCGCCUCCUCAACAGCAUUUUGAACCUCGAGGUCGUUGGGGAGCUGACCCCUGUGGGCGCCAUGGACGUGCGAAUCGCAGAUUGGAACGGCGACGCGAGCACCACGAAGUACACCAACGGGCUAUUCAUCGAGCUCUCCUCGCCAUCGUCUGGGCGGUGCUGGCCACUGGCAUGGCGGAGCACGGAGCAGACGUGCUCAUCUAGUUCCACAUGCGAGGCCGAAACAAUUUCAUUAUCGAACGGGCUCCGCUCUGAAGCUCUGCCUUUCCAAAAUAUACUGUAG